UCUACUCCACAAACUGCUCCACCACAGUCUACUCCACAAACUGCCCCACCACAGUCUACUCCACAAACUACUUUACCACAGUCUACUUCACCACAGUCUACUUCACCACAGUCUACUUCAACACAGUCUACUUCACCAGAGUCUACUUCACCACAGUCUACUUCACCACAGUCUACUUCACCACAGUCUACUUCACCACAGUCUACUUCACCACAGUCUACUUCACCACAGUCUACUUCACCACAGUCUACUUCACAAACUACUUCACCACAGUCUACUUCACCACAGUCUACUUCACAAACUGUUCCACCACAGUCUACACCACAAACUACUUCACCACAGUCUACUUCACCACAGACUACUUCACAAACUCAUAUCUGCAAACCAUAG